AUGUCAUUCCUUCAACAAUUAACACACUGUUUCCAAGACUAUUUGAUUCAGGCUGUCCGGGUGGGUCCCAUACCGGCACACAUGGCCUUCGUUAUGGAUGGAAAUCGCCGUUUCGCAGAGACACGUCGUAUCAGCGUGAAGAAGGGACAUCAAAUGGGUAUUGAGACCUUGGAGCAGAAUUUGGAAAUCUGCUUUCGCCUGGGGAUUCACGUUGUGACCAUGUAUGCAUUCAGCAUCGAAAAUUUCCAGCGGUCGCCCGAGGAGGUCGCAGCACUCAUGGACCUUGCCAAGGCGCAGAUCUACCAGCUAUCAAGGCCUGGAGGGUCGCUGCAGCGCUGGAACGCGAAGCUGCAGGUUCUAGGGAGGCAGGAGCUCUUGCGAUCGGACGUUCAGGAAGCUCUGCGGGUUUGCUCGGACUCCAUGAGCCAAGGGAAUGAAUUUGUUCUGAAUAUCUGCAUGCCGUAUACCUCGCGAGAUGAAAUUGCCAUGGCCGUACAGCAGACAGUCCGCCAGCAUUCCCGCGCAUCCGAUACUGGAUGCCCCAUCACUGAGGAAAGCUUGUCCAACAACAUGCUUGUCAGUACUGACCCCCCUUUGAAUUUGUUGAUCAGAACUUCCGGUGCGUCCCGUCUCAGUGACUUUCUUCUGUGGCAAUGCCAUCAAGUCACUGAAAUUAUGGUGCUGAAUGUCUUGUGGCCUUCCUUCGGUUGGUUGGGGCUUUUGUAUGUGGUGUUGGUGUGGCAACACCAUCUGCAAACUACAUCCGAGAGAAUCUGA